CUAGCAGUGAACGGAAUCACUACCGGCACCCAGCUUGAGUUUUGAGUUUUCAGCAUGUGUGUGGAGAUCAGACAAACAAUAACAAUAACAAUGGAACAAGCCUCUUCAAGACCAAGUAUCUUGUUUGGUCAUUGAAUGUCAUGGGGUGAAUUGAGUUAGUUUGAAAUUGGAAUGUAAUAUUUUUCCUUCAAUACAACAAUGAAUCGUGUUGAAUAUUUAUUGGAAACUGGUUUUAGUUCUCUGUCCCAUGAAGAUAAGCUCACUGUCAAGAGACUGGGACCAUAUCAACCAACAAACUUUACCUUUUCCGUUGUUGAUGGAAAGCAAAAGAGAUGUUUUAACCCUGAAUGGUUCAAAAAAUUCCGGUGGUUGACAGUAAACACACAAAACAAUGCAUUUUAUUGUUUCAAUUGUUUAACUUUUGGGGAUACAACUCUUCAAGACUCAAAGUGGUGGAAAGACGGAUUUACAAAUUUGAAAAACUUCCUCGAGAGAGCCAACAACCACAGCAAGUCUGCCUCACAUCUGAACAGCACAGCUCGUUUGAGUGUUUUCGGUAACAUUAACUUUGCAACGCUAAUUGACCCGGCCUAUCGUCUUUCCAUUGAGAAGCAUAAUGAAAUGGUGACUCAGAACAGAAAUAUUUUGGACAAAAUCAUUGAAGCAAUCAAAUUUUGUGGAGCUCACGAGCUUGCUCUACAAAGCCACGGUGAAAGUGAAAAUUCUUUGAAUAGGGGGAUUUUUCUCGACUUGUUAAAACUCCUCUCAACACUUGACAACCAACUUCGCCGUUAUUUAGAAACCUCUACGGUUAACGAAUAUACUUCGGCAAUGAUGCAGAAUGAAAUUCUCGACUGCAUUUAUGAAGUCUAUAUAGAGGACAUGAAAGAAAAAUUGCAUGCCGCUCGUUAUGUGGCCGUUGAAGUUGAUGACACAACUGAUGUCACCUGUAAAUCUCAGUUUGCAAUUAUUCUAAGAUAUGUGGAAAAUUGUGCUCCUGUUGAAAGAUUCUUCAAAUUUGUGGAGGUUCACGAUAGAACUGGUUCUGGCCUUGCUCAAGUAAUUUUGGAUGAGCUUGCUCCGUAUGACCUACAGAAUAAACUUAUAGCACAGUCCUAUGACGGUUCAACUGUUAUGAGUGGCGAUACUGGUGUUCAGACAAUUGUUAGAGAAGCUUACCCAUUCGCUCAUUACAUCCAUUGUUAUUCUCAUCAAACUAACCUUGUUCUCCAAAAACUUACCACAGACAUACCACAAGUAAAUUUAUUUUUUGCAAAUUUGUCAGCUUUCUCAACAUUUUUUUCUUCAUCUCCAAAGAGAAUGGAUGCUCUUCGAGAGGCUUGCAACGGAAGCCUACUUUGUACUUUUAAGAGCAGAUGGGAUUUUUGCUCUCGAGUACUAAACAAUAUUGCUAUUUACAGAGAGCAAAUUUUAGAUUGUUUGUCAGAUAUUCAACUUUUCUCUGAAUGGGACCAUCUCAACAAACAGGAGGCCUUUGGACUGUCGAAAACACUGCAGGAUGCAAAGUUCAAUUAUUUCUUAAAUUUUUUCAAAGAUGUUUUUGUGCACACUGACUCUCUCUUCCGUCAGUUCCAAAGCAGGCAGACAACAGGCAUUGGUCUGAAAAAUGCCAUUAUAUCUGACUUUAUUUCUGCCAUUGUGAGGGUGAGAGGAAACCUUUCACUAAACAUGGAGAAGGAAGAGGCUGUUGGGAAAAGACGACGUAUCACCACACCAUUCGAAGAUGCCUGUGAAGUGUGUGAUAUACUGACGACACAGUUGCCAGAUUGGUUAGAACGGUCUGAUUUGCACCUGGCUCUUUCAGUUGUUGAUCCAAAACAGUUCAAGAAAUUAAGAACAAUUCCAUCUACUAAAAUAGAUACCAUUGUGCAAAACUACCCUGACAUCAACCGUCAUUUUCUGGAGACAGAGAUAGAAGUACUGUAUUCAAACGAAAGUUUUCAGUCUGAACACACUUCCACGGUCACCAAGCUCUUCACAUUCCUAAACCAGUCGGAAUUGACAGGCGAGUUUCAAGAAGUUGGAAAGGUUUUAGAAAUUUUACUGGCAACUCCUGUCCAUACUGCAGAACCAGAGAGAUCAUUCAGCACUCUGAAACGCAUCAAAUCGUUUGCCAGAAACGCAACAUCCCAAGACAAACUUAAUGCAUUGGCUGUGUUGUCUGUGUACAAGGACAUCAUCACAAAGGAUCCACAGUUCAAUGAAAAAGUUAUCAGCAAAUUUGCUCUACAGGAAAACCGAAGGGCACAGUUCAUGUAUAAAGACGCAUAGGUAUGAGUAUCAAGUGUUUGUACAGUUUUUCAAGGACAAGAAUUGUUUUCAUCUACAUGUAAAACAAAAGAAUGAUCGUCCUGGAGCAGUGCUGAAAUGCACAGGAUUAGAAUUUCAUCCCUAAAGCAUCUCAUCAAGCGGAAAAGGUGUCUCUACUAUAAGAAUAGAGUGAAUGUGUGGAGUUCUCGUGCUUUGUCAAGAAUUAAAUACUUUUUAGUUCAUAUGUACGCGUCAACGAUGGCUGGAAUUAAAAACACCAAUGCCCAAACGGGUCUAGUAUACUUCCGUUUCAUUCCUGAGGUCGUGCUCGUUGUGGCCUUGGGACUCGGCCUUUACACACAGUGGUCCUUCACGGAGGAAUUUGCCAUUUCACUGAUCGCCAUUCUAGGAGCUUUUGUGUUCGCCAUAUCCAUUGCUCUCCAAUAUUACUUUGGGAUGGAUAACCUUGGCCGUGCUUUGUUUCACGUCUGGGUGGGUUGCCUCAUUGGGAUCUUAGCAUUCAGCGACAACCCCUCCUUCCAGUAUGUGGUCACAGAAGAGGUCAUGGAGGCUACCUUUGUGACCAGCAUGGUGCUGGGCUGGUGUUGGAAUAUUCUGGAACGAUUGCUGAAGCUGCAGCCCGUAGAAGCCCGGCUCUUGACCAUCUCGGAGGGUCUGGAGUCUGUGGGGCUCAUCAUUGCUAGUCUGGUCAAAGGGGUGGACAGCGUGGCCCUCAGCCUUUACACCUUAGCCUACAUUUUCCACAUAUCUGCCAUGAGGCUCAAAUCUAUAAUGGGCCUCCUCAGCUUCCUCGCCUUCAUCUUUGUCGGCAUCUUUUUGUUUUUCCCCGCAUUGCAAGUGAAGCCGAACAUCUACGCCCUCACCUGCUUUGUGGGCCGGCAUGCAUUCCAGGCAGUGAUUGAUUUUUAUUUCUGCGGGCUCUCCAUGAUUGACAGGUGGAGGGCUGUGUUCAACAAGAGCCGUCUCAUGAGGUACCUGUUCUUGUUUCUGUUGUUCCUGGUGGAGUUGGUGCUGGUGCUGGUUGUGGGUCAGAGCGUGACGAAGCACAAGGAGUGGUACAUCGUGCUUCCGCUCUACAUGCUGCUGGGCCUCAUGUGGCUCAUGUUCCACCUCAUGACCUUUCUCACUUGUUGGAAGCUCAUGGGGAAGGUCACCGAGUGCAAUGCCAGUGCUGACGAGAGGCGCAGCUUCAACCGCAUCAUGGCUGCCAAAGGCCUACGAUACUUUGGCCUAGUGUCCCAGCGUAUCAUAUUUGUCUCUCUUGUCACAACUAUAUUGGUGUUUGCUGUGGGCUUUGAGACUCGAACUCCAUACAGCCUGGCCAUGACGUUCAUUGUGGUCCCCCUGGAGGCAGCAGUGGUUAGUCUGUUCUGGGAGCUCGGGGACAACUUGGGCGGGACUUGCACAGGUUAUGCUGUCAUUGCGCCGGUCACUGCUCUGAGAGAAGGCAAAGGUGCUCAGCUGCUGACCAGCGCAGACGUCCAGGGGAUGAGUGAGAGAGGAACCACAACCCUCAACCACCUACAGCAACUUUUUACCUACCACAUGGUGCAGAACUUUGGCUGUGACUACUCCAGCAGUGGACUCGAACUCGAUAAUCUGCACAGCAAGUUGAAAGCGUUCUUUGAGCGGCGCACGUCAGACGGUCCCAGGUUCGACACCUACCUCCUGUACUACAGCGGCGACGUUUUUGACACCGGGGACUGGGCACUGUCAGACGGCAAGAACUUGUCCCUGGCCAUGCUGCUGAAGUGGUGGGAGGAGCAGAACCGGGACUCGGGCUCCCGCCUCAUCCUGCUCCUGGACACUCAGAGCUCGUUCCGGUGGGCGCAGUCAGCGCCAGCGGUCAGCUCCUCCUUCCUGGCCGUGCAGUCCUGCAGGUACAUCAACCGGCCUGAGACAGCCGAGGAAGGAGACAAGUACGGUGUGGGCAGCUUCACCCGAGCCUUCGUCCAGUUCAACAACGGCCUGGAGGUGGACAUUGACUGGAGCUCGCGGGUCCGACCCGUGCGGGCGCUGUACCGCGUCUCCCGCAGCUGGGCCCACUUCUCCUUCCACCUGCCCACGCGGGAAGACUUCGAGGACUACUGGCGGGCCAACUUCCCGCCCGUGAUGAAGCCGCUGAUGAAAGUGCUCAACCUGCCCAGUCUGGGCUCUCCGUUCUGCUGCUGCCGCUGCGUCCUGGGCUGGCUGCGACGGCUGAUGAUGCGCUGGCUGCCCCCGCAGCAGUUGGACACGGGCCACGGGCUGCAGCUUCUCAACACGUGAUUUGUUGUCUCGUGUCGUGUGCAACUGGUCUGUUGUGUCGUGUGCAACACCAGAUCUGUUGUCGUGCAUUGUGUGCAACACCAGAUCUGUUGUCGUGCAUUGUGUGCAACACCAGAUCUGUUGUCGUGCAUCGUGUGCAAACAUCAGUUCUGUUGUCUCGCAUCUUGUGCAACACCAGAUCUGUUGUCUCACAUCGUGUGCAAACAUCAGUUCUGUUGUCUCGCAUCGUGUGCAACACCAGAUCAGUUGUCUCACCUAAUAUGCAACUGAUCUGUUGUCUCACAUUGUAUGCAACUGAUCCGUUGUCUCGCAUUGUAUGCAAACACCAGGUCUGUUGUGUCGCAUCGUGUGCAACACCAGAUCUGUUGUCUCGCGUUGUGUGCAACUGGUCUGUUUGUCUCACAUUGUAUGCAACAGAUCUGUUGUCUCACAUUGUAUGCAACAGAUCUGUUGUCUCACAUUUUAUGCAACUGGUCUGUUGUUUGUCAUCAGUAGUAUCCAGGAAGAGUACAGGUGCGCAGGGGAAAGGUUGAAGUUUUCUUUUUUCCUUUCCCCCCAAAAUAAAUGGAUGUUAUUCAGACUCAUAACUCAUCUG